UGCGACGGCCAGCGCUGCGAGGAAUACGCAAUGGAUUCGUUGAGGCUACCUGGUCCGUUAAACACGACGGGAGAAGCAAGCAAGAAUUGGCAGACAUUUAAGCAGAGAUUCGAGCUUUUCCUGGCGGCAUCGGAACCAACUGACAAGCAGCGAUCAGUGUCGUCGAAGACAGCGCUCCUUCUCAGUGUCGCAGGGGAAGACGCCAUCGAGAUAUUCAAUACACUGAACUUCACGGAAGGCGAAGACAAGGCCGACUACGCGACGGUCAUCAAGAAAUUCGACGAAUAUUUCACGUUGCAGACCAACGAAGUACAUGAACGCUACGUAUUUCGGAAGAGAGUGCAAAGCCAAGGUGAGCCAUUCGAACACUUUUUGCGGGAUCUGAAGAAGCAGGCACGAGCAUGCAAUUUCGGCGCGCUUCUAGAUUCUAUGGUCCGAGACCAGAUUGUGUACGGAACCAACGACGACAGGGUCAGAGAAAAGCUGCUCAGGGACUGCGAAUUGACACUGCAGAAGGCUGAGCACGUCUGCAAGGCAGCCGAAACAUCAGCGCUUCGCCAAGAAACCUGGGAACAAGGUCAAAAGCAAGUGGACGCCGUUCGUAACGCAGGCCCGAACCCCAAAACGGCGCAAGUGAAGAUGUACAAGUGCUCCAAAUGCGGCCGCACACAUCAGCCUGGAAACUGUCCUGCGUUCGGACGAACUUGCAGAAAAUGCCAAAAGAGGAACCAUUUUGCAAUUUGCUGCAGAUCCUCCGCGCUGGUUGGCGAAAUUCAAGAUCACGAAGAUGACUUCAGCGUUUUAGAGGUAUCGGCAAGAGGAGUAAUAAGCCAACGUGAUUGGACGGUUCGAAUGACCGUAAACAACGUUUCGGUCGAACUUAAAGUAGAUACAGGGUCUCAGGCCAACUUGCUGCCCGUUGGUAUAUACAAUAAGAUGCACCCAAGCCCUGAAAUGAAGCAGAGUAGCGUGGUGCUACAUUCGUACGGUGGAGACACGAUCAAGCAUCUUGGAGUCGUCUGUACGGAAGUGACGCUGGGUGACCGAGCUAUUCCUCUCGAUUUUUUUGUAGUACGCAAAGGUCGCCAAGCAAUCCUGGGCCUACAAGCAACCGAACGCCUUGGAUUGCUCUCACGCGUUCACAGCGUAUCAAAGGACGGCUGUGAAGAAAUUGUGAAAGACUUUCGUCAUCUUUUCACUGGAACUGGCUGCGUGAAAAAAGUAUAUCACAUGGUGCUUCAAGACAACACUGUGCCAGUCAUUCAACCAGUGCGACGUGUACCGUUGGCCCUGACGGAACCACUACGGGACGAACUCGACAGGAUGGAGCACGCCGGAAUCAUCACGAGGGUCACCGAGCCUACCGACUGGCUCCUCCUGGCUGACAUGUUGUCACGUGCCACAACGAAGACAACGGCCUGCGACCUCGACAGCAACGAUGUAGAAGUACAUGCCGUGAGUACAGUCUCUUCACUUGUUAGUGAGGGCACAUGGAGGCGGCUAGCCACGGAAACGGCGCGAGAUGAACAACUAAGGAACGUGCUGCGGGACCUAGAAGCUGGAAAGUGCUUGGAGGGGCCGUGGAAACGAUUCGAGGGAGAGUUAUCAAACGUGAAAGGGGUCCUGCUCAAAGACUGCAAAGUGGUUAUUCCGGCUAGCAUGAAAGGCGAGACACUGGAAAGAAUUCACCAAGGGCACUUGGGAAUCAACAAGAGCAAAGCCAGGGCAAGACAACUAGUUUUUUGGCCGGGAAUGAACUCUGACAUAGAAUCAUUCGUCCAGACAUGUUCUAUCUGCAAAAAGUACGCAUAUAGCCAGCCUCGAGAGCCUUUACUGAUGCGCCCCGUGCCGGACCAACCGUGGUACCGCGUCGGCAUUGACAUUUUUGAAUACGGCGGGAGGUCGUACCUGUGCGUUUACGACGCCCUGACAAACUUCCCCGAAGUUGAACUCCUCAAAGAUAUGACGGCCAAAACAAUCAUUGACGUAACAAGCGCCAUUUUUGCUAGGCACGGCAUUCCGAUGGAAGUUUGCUCUGACAAUGGCCCUCAAUUUUCAUGUCAUGAAUUUGCGUUAUUCUCGCAACUGUAUGAUUUCAAGCAUGUAACGUCUAGUCCAGGAUACCCACGCUCUAAUGGGUUGGCGGAAAAAGGUGUUCAGAUAGCUAAGCGCAUCCUCAAAAAAACAAGUGAAGCGAAACAAGAUUUCUGGUUGGGACUGCUUGCUUUCAGGACCACCCCGCUCGAGUGCGGCGCAUCGCCCGCUGAGCUGCUGAUGGGGCGACGGCUCCGCACAACUAUUCCUGACGUUCAAGGCAACACCAGGCACGAGGUGCUCCGGCGUCCUCAGACAGACCACUCUAGGAGACCAUUGGCGCACCUGAGCCCCGGAGAUACGGUCCGGAUAAAGAAAGGAACAUGGGCGACGAAAGCUAAAGUGCUCAAGUCUGCUGGUCACCCCAGGUCGUAUACAGUCGUCACAGAAAACGGCACGGUGCUCAGGCGCAACCGGCAGCACCUACUACUCACGCGGGAGCCCUUCCGACACAACAACCAGGAAUACGACGACGACGACUUCGAGGUAAAGUCUAGCCAAAGCAACGCGCUCGCACAUCGACGUGCAGAAUGCAUAGCUCCGUCUACGGCCGCACAGCCCAUUGCCUCAACAAGUGUCUCGUCCACACAAAUCCCAAGAAGGUCGCUCAGACAACGUCGAGCGCCUCACCGCCUGGCCUACGACCAGAACUUCGUGCAAGUGCCUUGAACUAGCGUGCCUCGCAACUUUCAUUGAUGUUCUUUUCCCUUUCCUUGUUUUGUUUUCAAACAGAGGAAGAUGUAUCGUAUUUUGGGCGCCGAGCACUACAC